AUGGCUUCUCAUCCACCUGCUGCGGCCAGCGACGCCAAUGACACCACUGCCACUGCUGCCACUGCUGCCACUGCUACCACGACUACCACCGCCACCAAUCCCGUGCAGGAGCAACACCAGACUGACGCCGCCGAUGCUACACACAGACCCGUCAAGCGAUCGUGGAGACGCAAGUAUCGCAAGAUGCGCAUCAAGUUCGACGAGGCUAUGACGGAGAGCGACAACCUCAUCAAGCACGAGUGGAAGGCCAUGGGUACCGCGCGCCGCCUCCAAGAGAACAACGACCAGCUGCUGGAUAUUCUCCUCGAGCUCAACGACCAGACGCGCGUCAACUCCCGUCUGCGCUUCGACCUGCGCAGCCUGUCCCCCGCAGACACCGCCGUGCCUUCACUCGAGUCGGGCCCCGGUCCCCAAGUCAUCAAGCAGCAGCUGCAGGCCCUGAGAGACGACCUCGCCCGCGGAAUCAUCACGCCCGAGCAAUAUGCCACGCGCGCCGACCAACUGCACUCGUCGCAGUCGAUACACCAUACGCUCAAGUCGCUCGCCAGCCUUGAGCAUAAGGUCCCUCACACCACCCGCCAGGACUUUGCCGAACACCCAGUCCCCGGCGUCGACCUCAGCGAGCAUGCUCCCGGUUACAUGUCGCCCACCCACGAGGACGAGUACCUGCUGGCCACCGAUCAACUUCUCGAGCAGCCCGGCUUCGACCAGUCCCUGCAACACGGCCGUCCCAUCCGCCUCGCCUCAGCCCAGCCACCUCUCAGCGAAAAGGACCUUACUGUUCGCAAUCCUGACAGCGUCUACAACUGGCUGCGCAAGCACCAGCCCCAAGUCUUUUUGCAGGACAAGGAUGGCGCACACCACGAGAACCUCUCAGAGAAGUCGGCAGCCCCAAAGGCAACAAAGGCGAGCGCAAAGGCCAAACGAGAGUCAGCUAUAGGUACCCCAGGCCCACGCGACCACCACGACGACGAAGACUCAGCCGCGCCAGAGACCGCAAAGGGACGGCGGAAGACUGGCGGCGGAGACGACGACACAGCCUACCGGCCCAAGGGUGGGAGCAGUCGGCCCACCAAACGCAAGCGCGAAGAAGGUGACACGCCGGCGCCUAAGGGCAGGAAGAAGACGCGCCCGAGUACUGGACCAGUUGGCUGA